AUGGCGUCCGUUCGUCAGGCAGACACAGCCCUGUGGCUUCAUAACAAAUUAUCUACGGACGAUUCUUGGUCUGGUAGUAGUUUGCGAUCUUUACUAACCCAAGACGUCCUCCGUAAUAUCCCAGAGUGUUUUCAUAGGCUUGAAACGCAGGUAAAAGUAAAAUUAUUAAUGGCUUUUCUCCAUCUUCCUCGUCGAGUGAUUGAGGAAAUGAGCGGUGAAAUGAGCGAAAUAUUUGAGAUUGGAAGCCAGGAUGAAGACGAGUGGGUCCGUGUUUUAUCAGAGAUUCUGAAGUAUUAUCCAAGUACAGGGAUUCUGAAUGUUCAUCUCGAGCAUGUUAGCCCAGUGUUUGCAGAAGUGGCAGAAGAAAUCAGAAAAACUGGUAAGAUUUACAUCUGUACAACAUGCUCGUCAGUAAUGGUGUUGUGACAAGUUAUGUUUCAAGCUCCUGAAAUACACGUACAUACGCUAUAUGGUUAAAUAUAGAUUUGUCUUUAAAUGCCCCUUCAACAGGGAUUGUCAGUUAUAUAAUAAGUUGAAUCUACUACAUGCAAUUUGAUUGGUUCUUACUUAUCUAUUGGAGGACAGAUGCAUAUAUGACGUCACCAUUAACAUCAUUUCAUUUUUUUUAUUAUAUAAAACAAGUAGAUUCCAAGAUUUCAAGCAUCUGUUCAGUAAAAGAUCACAGAAGACAUCAAAAUGUUGUGAGAAAAUCAGUGACACACUAAGCUAUGCCCUAUGGGCCUUUUUUCAUUCUUACUACAGUUUGAGGUCAUCUGUGAUCAGUUACUAAAUAAGUGUACAGCAACAUGGAAGCUAUUCGUUAAAUACAUCAUUUUAACAAAUUGAAUAGUUAUCAGCUAUCAUCUAAAAAUCUGCUCUGGGGAAUUUUCUCCCUACCCUAAGGGUGCCCCCUUAAAACAUGGAUCCAUUGUUCCAUUACUUUUUAUGGUGUUUUUAUUUAAGUUACCAGUCUCCCAGAUAGUGGAUCUAGUCUUCUUCCUCUGGAGUGUCUAUAUUUAAACAGAACAGCCCUUGUUGCCAUGGUAGGACACCAGCCUCCCCUUCCCAAACACUUUACACUUAGAAGAAAACCAAAGUCUGCUGCCCUAAGAGCAGAACUUACACAGAAAGGUAUUUGUUUUUGUUUUUCUUAAUAAAGUAAUAUCCACACACAUAUAUUGACAAUGUAGAGAGUGUAAUGAUUAUAAUUUCUUGUAAACCCUUUCCCUUAACUUGUCUAAAAGAGUCACUUGCAUUCGUAUAGAGAGUGUAGGAGAUAUGGCCUAGCAAUGAUUAAAAUACUUUGAUGUGGAUUAUAGGUCCCAGGAGAUAAUCUGUCAUAGAGACAAGGACAAGUGAUACACUUUAUCUGUUUUCUUUAGAAAUCAAAUUAACCAAUGGCAGUGUAGGGUUGCUUGGUUUUCCCUUCAGAAGGAAAGGAGCUUGAUGCAAACUGUAACUCCUCAUGAUUAUUUAGAUAUUGUAACAAAGGCAUAUGACUCAGCCUAUGCACCUGUACUUCAAGCCAAAUCUACUUACCUGAACUAGAAACUCAUAAUUCCUGUUCUUUUGGUCUGCACCAUAUGCCACUGAGUUCAGUAACAGAUCCAGUUAGUGAGUAACAAUGAUGAAUGUUAACAAUCUCUUUUUGUGUUGUAUGUGAAGCCAGUGAAGCAGUUUCAGCACAUAAAAAAGGUCUUGGAGCAUCAAUGAGCUCAGCCCACAAACUUCAGUCACCCAAGAAGUUUGAAGCUCCUGGUCAGUAACAGAAUUAAUAUCAAACAAACAAUACUGUAUAUGAACAACAUUUAUAAUUUCAGCCAUAAUUUAUGCUGUUUAUUGUGAAAAUGUUAACUGAGUGUCUUGGUUUUAUUUCAUUAAAUAUAACUAUAUUAAUUAAUGCAAAUCGAUCAAUACAGACUAGGUGUAUUAAAUGUUACCUAUAUUGAUCAAAGAAUGUCUCCUCUCAACAAUAGUAAGAGUAACACCAAGAACAUCAAACCGUCCAACCCCCAGCAGAGGGACUCCAUCAUCUGGUUCAUCACGGAGCAUUAUCUCUGCUGCUACACUCAAACAUCAUGGCCGUACAAAGGUGAAUGUCUCCAUUGUACAUGUUCAUUAACACUCACUGGCUGUUAUCUUGAAGAUACCAUUCUGCUUUUUUUCGGUAUCUAUUAUAAAUGGCUACAACUGAUUUUAACUGCUAUCAUUGAAACCUUUAGUUACCAACCUUGGUUAUAAGAGUUAAAGUUUUUUGACUAAAGAAAAAUUGUUGGUAUUUGAAUGUGUAGAAAAGAAAUGUGGUUUUCACUUUAGCAAAGAACUGUAUCAGCACUGCACAAUACUCAUGCCACUCUAGCUUGAACCUUUUUUACAGGCUAUAUACUUUUUACUACUGCUUUAGAAUAGACAACUAUGAUAAUCUUUCUUCUUUAAAAUCUUUCUUUAGAAGGUUGAAUAUAUUAUUUUCAUAAUUAUUGUGUAUUGUAUUAGAUAAUGCACUCUUCUGCAAUGGUUACAUGAUUACAAUUCCCCAUUUAUGCUAAAAACAAAAACAUUGCUGAAGUCUGAACUGAAGAUCUUGUGGCUAUAUGUGCAUGUUACAGCAGUCAAAAUAUUAGGGAGAUAUAUUGAAAACAAGCUGUGUGAGAAUUCUCUUUAUGCCCACAGCUUUUGGACAUAAAUGAGCAGCCAAUAGGAGGUGGUAGAGAACUCAAAAGGAGAAAGAAAUUGGCAGGUAACAAAAGCACUCACACAGUUACCCUGCAACUGGUCACUUUUUGAGUUUUGUCAGAAAAGUCAAGAGGGCAAAGCAUUAUUCAACUCCCUACUUUAAUGUAGAAUUUCAUUGUCUUAAACUCAGCUUAAUGAUUUAAAUUGGACAGUAUAUGUAUCAGGUGUAAGGCUAAAUGUUUAGCUGAUGUAUGGGUUGCUUGAUGAUGAACCAAUCUUUAAAUAAGAUUUUCCUUUUGUUUUUCAGUUUUUCUGUGUGCUAGAGUUAUUAUCAUCAACAGAUUUUAGAAGUGAUUCUUUUAUAUGGUGUUAUUUACAAUAGAGUCUGAACAAGCAGAGGAGGCAAAACAGAAGAAACUUGACAAUACCAAACCUCCAGAGCCAAGCACACCUGAUUAUGCUGCAGGUCUUACGCCCAUGACUCAACCAACUAAGGUACAUGAACCUUUCAAAUGUUCAAAAAUGUCCAUAUAUACAAAGGUGUUAAUUAAACCUGUUGGAUAGAAGAGACCUCUUUUUACUAUGAUUAGUCAAAUUAAAAAGGCCAUGUUACUGUACGAUGUGAUUAACUUUGCAUUCUACAUAGUACAGGUCAUUAGUCAAGCUAUCUGUUUUCACAUUGUUUUCUUUCCAUGAGUAAAAGAUUGCCUUGUUAUUGUUGUUCCUCUUUUCAAGUCUGUGUGAUGUGUCUAAGCCACAUUUAACUUUAUUUAAUAUAUCAGUUAAAUAAUUUUAAGAGGCUACUUCUAGUACCAGAUCAGGAAUUUUUUUCCACCCCAAGGUACAAAAGUGUCAGGUUCAUGUGGGCCCUGCCUUUUGUCAAAAUCCUAGAUUGGCACAUUGCUAUUCAUGAUGAUUUUUUCUACUUUACCUCAUCCAUUUAAAAAAGCCACCAUCAAGCCCAGAGACACCAUCAUCAAGUAUGCCAGCUCCAUCAUCAGCUCCCUCAUAUGUACCCCAGGCUCCCUCAAGCAUUUCCCAAACCCCUGCAGCAGCAGACGCACUCAAUGAGAGCACCAUCAACCUCAAGAGAGAGUUGGAAGUAAGACUUUCUUUUCUUACUGGUUCUUUUGUUGCCUAGGAAACAAGGUUCGAUAACUUUAACAUGCUCUCUUAUGUCGCAGUAACGAAAAUGGCAGAUUUGACAAUCUGAAGAAAUUUCGUCAAACCGAGUGAAUGUUCGUGGAUUCGACGAUUUUGGCGAAUUUUUAAUCAAAUUCAUCAAUGCAAGGUCCUUGAGUUUUAUCCGUUGCCGGUGCGCGAAGCACGUUGAAAGCCAUAGUUCGCAAACUGAUCGACCUUAAGUGCUCCACAUUGCAAGGUCGGUCUUGAGCGCUAUUCACAACGCGUGACCUCCUACGGAUCGCUACAAUAUUUCACCAACGAGAAGUUAUUUCAGCGACAUUUGGUUUGUCACGGAUUCCUCUUAAUAACAUUUGCGUUUCGCGGCGGUUCGAGAUCAGUCGAGCCGCUCAGAAGACAAACCGGAAAUAAAUUCUGAAAAUUCGCUCGCAUUUUUGACGAAAACCAAAUGCUAAAACACGUAAAAUUCGCAAAACGAAAUGAACAGCAAUACCGAAAAACCGAAGUUUUUUGUCGCAAAAACCGAAAACCGAUCUAAAUUGGGCAUCACUCCAUGUGACAAUGAGACGUUAACACAAUGACUGUGGCCUUCUCACGAAGUAAUUAAUUUUAUAUCUUAUUUCUCUAUGAAUAGACGUUCAUAACUUUGAAUAUAUUCCAUACAACUGCUAACAUGUUUACCCCUAAAUUUGAAAUAAAAUCACUAGCUUCUGAAAAGUUCAAUACCAAAACUACCGACAUUAUAGUACUUGUGAAAAUGUCCAUAUUGCAAAGCAUUAUAAACUAAGUAAGUAAGUAAGUAAGUAACUUUAUUUAACAACAUAUCGCAUAUGAGCGAAUAGCUCGUUUAAAUGCAAAUGUGCCGUAAAAAUUGACAUAACGGUAAAGAGUUAAAAAGCUGACGUCUCGACUAUGGGACGUCAUGGUUCCUUUUUACAAACUCUUUUCCAUUCACUUGUAAACUGUAUAUUAUCGUGACUUAUUUUGUGAAAAACCGUGGAAAAAUUUUAUCAUAACUGCCACUUUCAACAAGUUUGUCGCUUUUGCCAGUAAACUUUGUGGGUUCGUUUUAAAGGUAUAUUCGAGCAGGCGUUUUUAACUUUGGAUAUGUUCAAUUUAACCACAAACAUGUUCAUAUGCAAAGCGUUAUAAACUAUGCCAAAUUCAUGGUUCCUCUUUACAAACUCUUAUCCAUUCACAUGUAAAUUGUCUAUUAACUUGACUUAUUUUAAGAAAGGCCUCGGCAAAAUUAUAUCAUAUUUGCCACUUUUAAUAAGUUUGUCGCUUUUGCCAGUAAACUUUGUGGGUUCCUUUGAAAGAUAUAUCUGAGUGGGUGUUUUUUAGCUGUAAAUAUAUUCAGUUUAACUGCAAACAUUUUCAUUACUACUAAAUUGAAAAAAAAAGACAAUUUAAUAGCUUUUGAAAUUUUCAAUACCAAAACUACCAACAUGAUACUGCAUGUGAAAGUUUCCAUAUUACAAAACAUUAUAAACUAUGCUAAUUUCAUGGUUCCUCUCUACAAACUCUUUCCCAUUCACAUGUAAAUUGCCUGUGAACUUACCUGAUUUAAGAGAAGCCUUAGCAAAAUUUCAUCAUAUUUGCCACUGUUAACAAGUUUGUCGCUUUUGCCAGUAAACUUUGUGGGUUCCUUGUAAAGAAACUCGUCAACUUUUAGGGGCCCCUCUCUCAAGGUCAUAUCCAUUCACUUAUAUAAAUUUCGUCAUCAAAUUUGGCGAAAGUUCGUCACAAUCGUUCUUUUGACAAAAGUUCCACGGAUUGACAAAUUUCGUCAAAUCCGUGAAAAUCGUCGACAAAAAAUUCGUCAAAUCUGCCAUUUUCGUUGCUUCAUGCAUUUCUGGACGUAUCGUGCCAUGUUUGAGUACGUGCAUAACUAAGAAUGUGCUUUCUUACAUGAAGAUGCAUAUGGAACAACAGCGCCAGUUGAUAAUGAGAGAGCGACAACAAAAACAGGCAGCUGCUGCAAUGGCCGCUAGUUCCUCAAGUUCUACAUCACCAGCCACUAGUGAUUCUACAAGAAGUCCUGCUACACCUUCCCUUGGGGCAUCGAACACACAACAACAGCAGCAACAGCAAGCAAAUAAACGGCAACUUACGCUAACGGUACGUGCGCUCUACAUAAAGAGUAGAACAACGGUAACACUUUGCGCCCUUAUGAGGCCAUGUGCUCAUUUAGCACAAACGAUCUGUAGUUUUGGCGUUCUUUGAGCACUACCAAUUAAAGAGAGAACCCACAAUUAGCUACGUUCUAGUAAAUUAAUUCCAAAUCCCGACCCAAACAAUGUACCGUAAAGUGGCACACAAGGCGCAGUCUGACUAAGAUUUCGCAGUGUUCCUGACGAAUCUUCAUAGACGUAGGCCAUUCUUUAGCCUCAAGCUCCUGAACAGGUCUUUUGUACAUUACCAGUAAUCCAUGAUGAUCUCGCAGAUUUUUGUAAAUUUGGUGGGGAUCUUGUGAGUAUUGUUCUUGGACUCUUGUCUGUGAAGAUUUGACCCAGGAUCUUUCAGGGUCUUCUCUUGUUUCUGUAAAAUUCCCUCUUGGAAACGGUUGUCAGGCUUUCGGGUUUGAUUUUACUCUUUCCAAAUUUGAUAUUUUUCAGCGGGAACAAAUGUUAGCUGCUCACGAAAUGUUCAAAAAUGCGAACCGAGUGAGUCGCGCUGAAAAGGCCCUUAUUCUUGGGUUUAUGGCCGGUGCACGAGGUAAAUUAAUGUUUUAAUGUUAGUGAUUUCUGUGAGCAAAAUAAGUCGAAUUGAUAAAUUUGUCGCUUUGAAAAGCUUGUUAUUUUUACUAAAUGUGUGGAUAUAUGCCCACUAUCUCAUUCAUCCUGUAAUCACACGUUUGAUUGCAGAGAAACCAUAUCCCCAUCAAGGUUCGAUAGUAACUAUCAAGCUGAGUGAAAACACGGAAACGGUGACGUUAGCAGACGGCAAUCAACAGAUGCAAUUGGUGGAAAUGCUCUUUGAAAUGAAUUACGACACGGGUCAUUGGCGGAGACUUAAACGAACCAGGGUGGUCUCUAAAACUGGUGCAUCCACCUCAGCAGAAAAAACUGCUUGA